AUGUCAGCCCAAGAAAUUAUUUUAAGAAUUCGUCACCCAAAAGGUUUUAGCAGACUUACAGUUAACUCUAAGGAUACUGUUAAAAUAUUAAAAGACAAAAUUAGCGCCCUUGCAUAAUUGCCUGUUUCAGAUUUUAAGAUAUUUUAUGAUUAAAAUUAUUCUUCAACUGCUUAGUUACUUUCACCUGAUUCUACUUCUCUUAGUUUAAUUCCUAAGUUGAAAAAUGGUGUUGAAUUGUUCCUCAAGGUACAAGCUUAAAUGGCAAAUCCAACUUUAGAGAAAAAAAGAUCCCUAAGUCCUACACUAAAAGCUUAAAAUUAAUAAAACCUACUCUCAGUUAAUUGUAAUCACUCCCUCAAUCAAAGAUGUAUUAACUGCCCUCCUUAAAAUAACCCUAAAGAAAAAGAAAAAGAUGUUAAAAUACCUGCUUACGUAAAUAAAUGUACUCAUCCUCCAGGUGGAUCUUGUUUGAAUUGCAUAGACACUUCUAAGAAAGAUGAAAAGCUUGAGAAGAAAGAAACUUAAAAAUGGCUUUGCUAACAUGGACCUAAUGGAAAAUGUUCUCACUGUAUAGAUGCAGAUUACAUUUCAAAUAUUAAGCACGUAUCAUUCACUCACUUCUUAGAUGAGAAGAAACUUAAAUGUAAAGGUGUUCAUCCUCCCACUGCAAAAUGUCCAAACUGUACUCCUCCUUCUGAACAAAGAAUGACUGUUGAAUUAAAUUGUAAAAACCAUGAACCAUGGCCUAAGGCUAUGUGCAAUAAUUGUCUUCCACCAAAUGUUGUUGUUUAUAGAUAACCCUAUAGACAUGUAGAUUUCGCUUAGUUUAUGAAUGUUAGAGAAGUUAGCAACUUUGUAUAAGCAUGGACAUAAAAUUCUCAUGCAGAAUAAAGAGUUGGAUAUAUGUAUGGUUAUUAUGCAGAAGACCCAAAUUAUAAGGGUGGUGUUAGAGCUAUUAUUGAAGCCAUUUAUGAACCUCCUUAGAUAGGUGAUAUCUCUGGAUUUUAGAUUUUAGAAGAUGAAAAUGAGACUCUUGUUAACACAAUAGCAGAAGCUCUUACUUUAGAAAAAAUAGGAUGGAUUUUCACUACAAUUAAUCACGAUACUUUCUUAUCAUCUCACGAAGUUCGUAUGGCUGCUAGAUUUUAAGAAUAAUAUAGAGUACUUCAUGAAUCUGGCUAUCCUUUCUCCACAUUUAUUACCACAGUUUUGAGAACUGGUAAGGAUAACCCAAGUGAAAUUAAACCUGAAGUAUAUAUGGUUUCUGAUUAAGCAUAGGUUUUAGAAAAAAAUAAUGUAUUUGGAGAUAGCGAAAGAAGAAAGUUUAUGAAAGUCAGAGAAUCAAAAGAUGAGAGAGAUGUUUUGCCUUCUAUUAUCGUAUCUGGUAAAUAAGUAAAUGAAUUUGAACCUGAUUUCUUAUUAGUAAAUGUUGCCCAUGGUCAUUCUAACCAUAAUAAAUUCUCUAUUGUUAAGCAUGCUGAUUUCCCUGUAGAAAACCGUUAAGAAUAAAAUCCUAAUGAAGUGAAAAAAUACUUACAGAAAUUCAAAAAUUAGAAAUCAUGGGAGAAAUAUUCUGAUUUCCACUUAUUAAUCUACUUAGCUAAAUUAGUGGAUUUAGAAACUACUUUAGUAAUUGCUGAUGCUGUAGCUAAAGAAAAAGAUGUUCCAGAAACCUGUGAAGAAUUAAUUAGAGGAAUAGUUGGUUUUUGA